AUGGAGAAUUAUUGGGCAAAAUCGAAUUACACAGCGGAUUCGUAUGGUCAGGGCACAAAUGGAGUGAUCACCACCGUUUGGGCGAUCCCUCCAUUUUUCUUUCUUCUCUACAUUCAAUUCAAAAGAAAAGAGCUAUUCACAAGUUAUAAGUAUUCCGUCUUUGCUACGAGUUACAUUUAUUUCUCCUAUCAUAUGCUGAAUUUGAUCUCAUAUAUUUGGUUGACUUUAGCGGGUGCUGUGCAGUUACAAGUGUUAUCCGUCUAUCGAUUUGCCUCAAUCAUUCUUCAUCAAAUUCUCCUUUCGUGGAUUCUCGUCGUCAUUUUUGCGAUUGCAUAUUUGAGACCAAACGUGUUGAUGUGGAUGUGCGGAAUUUGUCUGAUAGCCACAACUCUCAACCUUGCCAUUCUUUUUCAUCUCCGAUCGCAUUACAAGCAAGUGAAGGAAUCGCCUAUCCCGUGGUACAUCAACACACCGUGCUCAUUGCUCACAAGGUGUACCUCGUUUUUCUCCAUUGCAAUGCCAUUUCUCUUCAUUCGCGCGUUUCAAGGCGAUCUCAAUUUUUGCUACAUCUACACACAGACACCCAUGAUCUGGGAUGACGCGAAGCAAUAUUGUACGAGUAAUGGUGGCAGUCUUGUCUCCAUUCAUAACGCUUUCCAGAAUGGUUUGCUCGGACAGCUCACAGCAAAUUUGACAGGCAGUACAACAAGUUGGAUAGGGGCCUAUGUGUUGCAGAGCGAAGUUUUUGGUCAUGACUACUUCAAUUGGGUUUGGGAUGAUGACACGCCAUGGGACUACGAUCGAACAAAAGACACAAAUCCCGACCAAGUGGGCUAUCUGAACUCUUCAGACGGGCAAUGGUAUGGAACGGAUCGACGGGAUCGAAAACCGACUCUAUGUGUUUACGCGGCAAUCGAUCCCACUCAGCCAACCACCACACUCGGACCUGGGUGUUUGCCAGCCGAUCAACAAGCACUCUACAAUUGUCGUGAUGGGUGGCAGUAUUCUCCGGACACCGGCUAUCAAUAUUUGAUUGCCUUCGACAAGAAUUUCACUGGCGGUGAGGCGUUUUGUGUGACUCAAGGAGCGCAUCUCGUCUCCAUUCACAGUGAAGCCGAAAACGAUUUUGUUCGAAGACUUUGCUGUACUUCGGAUGGCUCCUUCCUCGAUCAUAUCGGCCAACUGGACAAUGCUCAAUAUUUGACUGGAGGACAAUGGUCCAAUGAUCAAUUCACGUGGACUGACGGAACACCGUGGGAUUUUAACGCGACAUUUUGCGAUGAUGGCACUCUUGAGGAUCCGUUAAACUACAGAAUGCAGGUGACCAAUUGGAUCGGAUCGGAGGGGUGUAAUGUGCCCUCGGAGUGGUCGUGGAAUGCAUUCUAUGAGCAGAUAUCCGAUCUCCCAGCCCCUUACGUUGUCUGCAAGAAGAAA